AACAUGAUUGAGGUUAGGUUAUAGCAAAAAAAAAUCAAAACAUAUAUUACUCUAAAAUAACUUAAACUCUUAAUCCGUAUUGGCUAAAUUACUCUUAUAAAUAAUGUAAUAUUGAAACCCACAAAUAUAAUAACUAUGGUGCGGUUCCUGCCUUGUCUACGGCGUCCCUUUACUACCGCAACAAAAGCCCAUUUGGGAGGCUCUUACAUUAGAGACGAUUACACCAAUAUCACCACUCGUAUAUUGGAGCAUGUGGGCUUAAAUCUGCAUCUCCAAAAGAACCAUCCGCUCAACCUAGUGCACCAGAGAAUCAUUAAUUACUUCCAUGAAACGUUCACCCUAUCAAGCAAACCCGUAUUUUCCAUAUUUAAUGAACUAAAGCCUAUUGUAAGUGUAAACCAAAAUUUCGAUAGUUUAUUAAUCCCUAAAGAUCACGUCUCAAGGUCUAAAAGUGAUUGUUAUUAUUUGAACAGGGAGUAUUUGCUACGGGCACAUAUGACUGCCCACCAAGCUGAACUGUUAGCAGGUGGCUUUAAGAAUUUUUUAAUGAUUGGAGACGUGUACAGAAGAGAUGAAAUUGAUCGCACUCAUUAUCCAGUAUUUCAUCAAGUGGAUGCUGUUAGGCUUAAGUCUAGAGAUGAACUCUUUCCUAAUGCUUGCGGGCAUAUUUUUGAUAAAUCAGUUAGUACAGAUUAUGAUGGCAUUCAAGCAAAACAGGAGUGCCACUCUGUGGAAGCUGUAAAACUUAUGGAAGAAGAGCUUAAAAACACUCUGCUUGGGUUAGUAAAAUCCCUUUUUGGUGAUGUUAAGUACCGUUGGGUGGAAACCACAUUCCCUUUCACUCAACCCUCCUGGGAACUUGAGGUGUUUUAUAAUAACGACUGGCUCGAACUGCUUGGUUGUGGAAUUAUGAAACACCAUAUUCUCACAAAUGCCGGAGUGCAUGAUAAUAUUGGCUGGGCAUUCGGUAUUGGGUUAGAAAGAGUUGCCAUGUGCUUAUAUAAAAUCCCUGAUAUAAGACUGUUUUGGUCCAAAGACUCUGGGUUUUUAAGCCAGUUUAACUUAUGUGAUAUAAACCAAAGUGUGACUUAUAAAGAAAUAUCGCAGUUUCCACAGUGCAUCAAUGAUAUCAGUUUCUGGUUACCUGAUAAUGUGGAGUUCUCUAGUAAUGAUUUUUAUGACUUAGUGAGGGAUAAUGGGGGCAAUAUUGUCGAACAAGUGGAGCUUAUUGAUAACUUUGUGCAUCCAAAAACAAAGAAAAUUAGUCAUUGUUACAGGAUUACUUAUAGGCAUAUGGAAAAGACUUUGACGCAAGAGGAAGUCAAUAGGGUUCAUCAGAGGAUAGGAGAUGCUGCUAGAGAAAAACUGUUGGUGGAAAUUAGAUAAUUUUUUUUUUGUUAAAAUAUAUGUUUAUUUUAAGUUA